GUAUGAGUAGGCGUGUCCAGCGCCAUCUUGACACUUGGGGACUUGUCAGGGACACGGAGGGCACCGGUGCUGCUGGAGGAGGCUUGUCUCGUGUGUGUUCCUGUCCAGAGAAAGCUUCAUCAUGCUGUCCAGGGCGGCUCUGUUAUCUGCCUUCCAUGUGAAGAAAUCUGCCCCUGUCGUAGUAGUUGGGGUCUUCAACACAUGCCGGCCUCUUCACACAGGGAAGCCUUCUUUGGCCCCUGUACCUCCUCUUCCAGAGCAUCCUGGGAAGGUCCGCCAUGGCUUUAUUCCUGAAGAAUUCUUCCAGUUCUUGUAUCCAAAGACAGGAGUCACAGGUCCCUACAUGUUUGGAACUGGGCUUCUUGUUUAUCUCUUCUCUAAAGAAAUAUAUGUCAUAAAUCAUGAAACUAUUUCCAUGCUUUCUCUUGGACUUGUCAGUGUUUAUGGCAUCAAGAAGUAUGGGCAUAAAGUAGCAGAGUUUAUAGACAAGAUUAAUGAAGAGAAAGUUUCCAAGGCUCAGGUUGUAAAAGACACUUCAAUCAAAGACCUGCAGUCUGCAAUUGAGUUAGAAAAGAUGGAACAAUGGAGAGUGGAAGGCCGUCAUUACCUCUUUGAUGCUAAAAGGAACAAUGUGGCAAUGAUUUUGGAAACUAACUACAGGGAGAGGCUGUUGAAUGUCUACAAUGAUGUGAAGAAACGUCUAGACUACCAAGUGGCUCUACAAUUUCUUCUGCGCCGCAAAGAGCAGGAACACAUGAUCAGCUGGGUGGAAAAGAAUGUGGUGCAAAGCAUUACUCCACAGCAGCAAAAAGAAAGUAUUGCUAAAUGCAUCAAUGACCUGAAACUUCUAUCCAAGAAGGCACAAGUGGUAGCUUGAGUUUUUAAGUUGCAGACUUGUACAGCAGAGCUUUCACCUGUCCCAAGACCUGCCCUGUACCAUACCAUGUAACCAAUAAAUAAAUAUUUCUACACAAGUUGUCGUCCUUGUGCACUUU